GGUAACAUUGGCAACAAUCCACAAAACUCUUUUCUUCAUUCAUUCAUCUAUCUAUCAACUCAAUGUGAAGUGAAAGAAGAAAUUAAUAUAACAACCUCUUCAAGUAGCUACAAGGGAAUAUUUUGUAAAUCAAGAUUGUGAUCAUUAAAAACCAUUACAUGUUAGUUAAUUUCUGACUAAAAAGAAAGUGUAGAAUGGCUGACUCAGUUAAUAUGUCUCUUGAUGAGAUUAUCAAACAAAAUCGAGUAAGUCGGUCUCGAGGAAGAGGCGGGGGAGUUCAGCGAGGUAGAGGUAGUGGAAAUCAACGAGGGCGCGGUGGAGGACGUGGCUUAGGGCGCGGGCGAGGCCGCGGUGGUGGGCCGCGAGGCCGCUCGCAGUCACGCGGUAGUACGCCAGGAGCUAGGCAAGGGCGGUCACGAUCUCGUGGUCCUCAGGGUAGAUCUCAAUCUCGCUCAAAAUCCCGAGGCCGCUCACAAUCACGCACUCGCUCCCGCUCGCGCCAGCGCACUCAUUCUGUAUCUCGUGGACGAUCAAAUUCAAGGAAUCGUUUCACAAGAGGUCUGACUCCGAAAGGCCGUGCUGGUCUAGAAGAUCAGCAGUCUGAAAUGCCAUCUUUAAUCAGAAGUGGCAGAUUUAAUAGAGGCAGAGGUGGUCAACAAAACAGAUUGAGACGAUCAAAUUCAAAUCCGAACUUGAAUGGCAGUGUGCACAGCAGACUAGGUGUCACAACACGCAGGGGUGCAGCUAAUAAUCUUCGUAGACCUUUAGCAGUUGCUAAACGUGGAAUCUCAAAAAGAGGGAGAGGGUUGAGCACUGGCAACAGAUACAGUAAUGUUGGACUUCGAUCUGAUCAAAUUCUGAUGGAACAACAAAAAGUGCUUAGACAGAAUAAUAUUAUUCGGUCACAGACCUUCACACGUUCUCGCAAUAAUUCAUUUAAUGCAGCUUCACAAUUAACAGUUAGUGUUGCUAAUGACUUUGCGAAACGCCGCCGUAAUAGUGUUGGUAAUGCAGGGUAUCUCAACAAGCAAAGCUUGGCUCAGUUAAAUAACCAGUUUGGUGGAUAUAACACUCGAAGAGGGCCAGGCAGUGUCAAGUCUAUGGGAUCAAACAGGUCGAAUCGCUCAAAUAGAUCAAACAUCAGCAGGAGGUCAAGUAAUAGUCCACGUGGAAGAGGCAGAGGUGGAAAUCGUGGUAUUGGACGAAAAUUUGUGAAUAAGCAAGUUUUGAAUGCUAAACUUCAAAAAGAAAUAGCAGCUAUUCAAGGGAAGUCCUAUGGAAGCAGUAACACAGGCGAUGCGCCGACAGGGGUCAAUUUUACACCAACACCGUCAUCCACAGGCCAAUCAUUACAUCAAAGAUUUGCUAGUACUUAAGUGCAACAGCAUUAUUAGGAUAAGGUUGAUUAAAAUAAUAAUAGUGUUGCAAUUAGUUUAAAUAAACAGUGUGGAAUAAAUAUCAGUAAACAAUGUACAUAAGUACAAUAACAUUUUUAAUUGUGUACUAAUCAAAAAAGUAUACAGAACAGAAUUAUCUGUUCACUUUGAAAAAGUUGUGUAAAUAUUACACAUGUUAUUCUGUAACGAAAUAUGUAAGAAUAAGACAAACUUUUCAAUAGUGUUGAUUAAGAAAAAAUAAAAAUUAAAAAAUAAUUUGUUGCCAUGCCAUUUUGUAAAUUUCUGUUUUAUUUUAAGUAACUUGAAUAGUUUGAAUUUUUGUUUUCUAAUUGUAUGAAAAAUUAAAAUUCGUUCAAGUAUCUCUAAAGCCCUUUAUACUUUGAAAAUAUUUUUGUUACUAUGAAAAUAUUAAAUAAAAUAGUUCUAACA